CAAUAUAAAAAAUCUCAAACAAGCGUUCAAGGUUCAAGCGUUGAUUUCAUUGAAAAUUAUUGAAAAGCAUUUUUAAUAAAAAGCUUUAAUUUCUCAAUAUUUAAUAUAGCUGUUUUAAAAUUGUUAAGGCCUAGUUUAUAAUUUAAAACCACAUCAACAAUGGCUGAUGUUCUAGAUAUUGAGAAUUCAGAGGAAUUCGAAGUCGACGAAGAUGGGGAACAGGGCAUUGCACGGUUGAAGGAGAAGGCACGUAAACGCAAGGGCCGUGGGUUCGGCAAUGAAACAGGAGUUGGUGGUUCAGAGAGAGGCAACAGAGGAAGAUACGAUAGUCUAGCCCCAGAAGGUGACGGUAAUACACCAGGGCCGCAGCGGUCUGUAGAAGGCUGGAUCCUAUUUGUAAGCAAUGUACAUGAGGAGGCACAGGAGGAAGAUAUACAGAACCAAUUCUCGGAGUUUGGUGAGAUCAAGAACAUACAUCUCAACCUGGACCGGCGCACUGGCUUCCUGAAGGGCUACGCUUUGGUGGAGUAUGAAACUCAUAAGGAAGCAGCUAGCGCUAGAGAAGCCCUAGACGGCACAGACAUCCUGGGACAGGCCAUCUCAGUGGACUGGUGCUUCGUCAAAGGCCCCACCAAGACGCACAAGAAACGACGAUAACCACUUGUAAUGAAGAUAAAUGUAUUGCACUUACUUUUUACUUACGCCAAGGAAAUUCUAUUCCAAAAGACUGUCUAUUCAGUGAAUAUGUUACUGUAAAAGUCCGAAGUACGGUAAAUCCUGAGAUUUUCAGAAAAACCUUAGAAUUACAAUUACGUUUAGAUUCGGCGUUCAAAUUUUACUGGUUUUUUUAAAUGAAAUAAAAUCAAAUUUAUCUCAUCUCACUAAUAUUAUAAAGGCGAAAGUUUGUAUGUGUGUGUGUGUGUGUGUGUGUGUGUAUGUUUGUUACUCCUUCACGCAAA